GAAUGGGUUUGAUGAUGUUUUGAUUGCAGGGCUCAAGUGAUAUUGAUCAAUUAGGAAAGAUCUUUGCAGCUUUUGGGACCCCAAAGGCUUCCCAGUGGCCUGACAUGAUUUACCUUCCAGAUUAUGUAGAAUACCAAUUUGUUCCUGCUCCUCCAUUGCACUCAUUGUUUCCAAUGGCAAGUGACGAUACUCUAGAUCUAUUAUCAAAGAUGUUCAACUAUGACCCAAAAGCAAGAAUUUCUGUUCAGCAGGCAUUGGAGCACAGGUAUUUUUCAUCUAUACCUGCACCAACAAAACCAGCUCUGCUUCCACGGCCUGCCCAUAAGGGAGAAUCUAAGCCUUCAGAUUAUAAUCCACAUGAUGGUCCAAUUGUCUUAUCUCCCCUGAGAAAGUCAAGGAGAGUCAUGGUCCAACGUGAGGGGCUUGAUGGAAAUACAUAUCAAACUGAUAAAGUUGAUUACCAUGCAAAUGAAGCAACAGACGGGAUUUCAGGAAGGAGUGAAACUAUGCCAAUGUCGAUAGAUUUUUCUGUGUUUGGAUCAAGACCUCCUCCCAGACCAACACUGAACAGUGCUGAUAGAACGCAUUUAAAGAGAAAAUUAGAUCUUGAAUUUCCUACAUCCUGAAGGAGGAAUGAUCCAUGCCAUAGUUUGGACUGAGGAUGCAUCAGUUAUUUCACAUGUUAAUGGUUCCAAGUGUUUUUUCUGUCUCCAUUGGAAAACUGUGAACCGGUGGUGGAAAUGAGACCAAGUGAAGUAUGUGCUCUGCGGUGUUAAAUUUGGAUGUUGGCAUUAUUCUGAUGGUUCAUUUGGAUGCUGCUAUUCAACUUUUAAAAAGUAG